AUGUUUUUAAGCUCGGUCCUAGAGUUUAACCCGGAUGCACUCCUCAUUGCGGAUCGAGCAGAUGCCGAAAGGGCUGCCGGGACUAUCCGUGGCCCACUACACGCUUCUGCGCGAAAGGGAGCUGUCCUUAUCGGGAAGGGUACGCUUGAUGAGUGGGCAUCCAUGCGCUCCUCCUCAAAGUCUUCCGGCUACGCGGCGCGUGGUGGCCAAUCGAGAAAUGCGUAUAACCUUUCUACCGCCCCGGGUGGCUCCUCCUCCGGCCCUGCACAGGCAGUCGCCGCAAACAUGGUCGCCAUUUCUUACGGCACAGAAACUGAUGGUAGCGUUAUUGGCCCCGCAAGAAGGGCUAGCGUUGUGGGUUUCAAGCCUACUGUGGGAUUAACCUCACGCGCGGGUGUUCUCCCCGAAUCUGUGCACCAAGAUACCGUAGGCUCCUUCGGGCGAACUUUCAAAGAUGCCAUCUAUGCUCUCGAGGCCAUCGCGGGGAUCGAUCCCAGGGACAACUAUACUAUGAUCCAGGAAGGGCCACAAGACGGGAACUACGUUCAAUACAUGGCCGAUAAAGGUGCACUCAAAGGCGCUGUGUUUGGUCUUCCCUGGAACUCUGUUUGGAACCAAACCGCCAACAUCGGUGAUAUGGUCCAACUUCUUGCGGUUGUCGACAAGCUCAAGGCUGCGGGUGCGACCAUCAUCAACGGCACCGAGUUCCCGCGGUACAAGGAGGUAUUGUCUCCGUCAGGGUGGUCAUGGUCCACCGGGCCUUCACCGCUCUUGACCGUGGACUACCGAGUUGAUGUCGACUUCUACAACAACAUCCGUGACUAUCUAGCGGAACUGGAGAAUACAAAUAUCCGAUCCAUUGAAGACAUUAUCGCGUACAACUACGAGUACAAUUCCAUCGAGGGUGGUAUCCCUGGAACGCUGGCAGGCUUCAAGUCUGGUCAAGACGGCUUUCUGUCAAGCGCGGCGACCAAGGGUGAGAUGAACUCAUCGUACUGGGAGAACGAGGCCUAUCUCAACACUAUAUCUCGGGAAGAAGGCAUUGACGCUGCUCUGUCUUAUACGUCCGACAAUGGUACAACCAUCAAGAUUGAUGCUCUGCUCGUACCCUCGGCUGGAGGCGCAACCAAUAUGCCUGCUAUUGCAGGCUAUCCCAUGGUCACUAUGCCAGUUGGGCACAACGCACACAGCGUACCUGUGGGCAUCUCUUUGAUUGGAACGGCGUGGAGCGAACCUACGUUGAUCAAGUAUGGCAGCGCUAUCGACGAUCUAAUUCGAGGUCGUGAAACGCCCAGGUUUAUCGAAUGGUGGGCUAGGAACAUCCCUGUGGAUUACUCAAAAUAA